UCAAACAUUACCCUUAAUAUAAUAAUGAAAUGAGAUAGUUCUCUCGAUCCAAAACUAAUUUUACACAGUCGCAGUGAUUCCGGUACCAAAAGAAAACAAUAAGGUCGCUCGGUGACGCUGCAUUGAAUCCGAGAACACGAGCAAGGGUCCCUUGUAGCUUCCUCGUACUCUCGAUUCUCCGACGCCCGAGGUCUUCCCCAGAAUCUUUUCUCUUUGUGCAGUGACCAUGAGAUCCCAACCGGUUAUUCUCGUGCUUUUGGUACAUUUAUGCAUCUCAUCUCUUUCCUCGUCUCUCGCAAUCUCACCCGGUGAAGGUUACACCGUUAACGGUCGGGUGAAGAUUCGAAGUAUGGGUGCACAAGGUCUUGUUCUUCCUGGAAAAUUAUCAAAUAUCAAAGUUGUACUUAAUGGUGGCCAAAGGGUUACUUUACUGCGACCUGAUGGAUAUUUCUCGUUCGAUAACGUGCCAGCAGGAACUCAUCUAAUUGAAGUAGAUGCAAUAGGCUAUUUCUUUUCCCCGGUCCGAGUUGAUGUCAGUGCCAGAAAUCCGGGCAAGGUUCAGGCCACACUGACAGAGAAUAGGAGGGGUUUGAGUGAGUUAGUUUUAGAGCCGCUGAGAGAGGAACAAUAUUACGAGAUUAGAGAACCCUUUUCCCUUAUGUCUGUUGUGAAAAGCCCAAUGGGUCUGAUGAUGGGAUUUAUGCUGGUAGUCAUGUUUCUAAUGCCCAAAUUAAUGGAGAACAUGGAUCCUGAGGAAAUGAGGCGAGCCCAAGAAGAAAUGAGGAGUCAAGGGGUUCCCUCCUUGGCUAGCUUGUUACCUGGUGGUGCUGCCAGGAGUUGAGGAGUUAAGGAUGAAAAACUGUGAACCCCCUGUCCUUUCGUGUUCAAAACAUUAAUCGGAAUUUAUGCUCUCAGAUUGUACCUCUUUUUGUUGGCACCUCUGGAAGGUAUUGGUGUUGCCUUGGUGAGGACCUUAAAAACAUAUGCUGGCCCGGUCCUAGUGAUUGCGUUUGUGAUGUUGACAACCGUCCACAAUAUUCUUAACUUCUCUCUCCAUUAUGCUUGCUUGAAAAUAGGUGGGAACUAUUUUGAAAGGGUGUCUGUGUUAGUGGCACACUCCUUUAGAAAA